UAGCGGAAGUGAACGCUGUCAGAAGUCGAACCUCUGAAAAAUCUAGAGUAGGGUGUGAAAACUAGAAAAUAACGGUUCUGUUCAGAGGAUUUAAAUGUUUUAAAAGACUUUUAUAGUAAGAUAAGGAGUGCAUUUUAGAAUACAGAAUGAUUUUAUUAGAGUAUCUGUUUUUCUUAAUAUUUUUGUUUCCCGGAUUCGCCAAGAAUGAAGGAGACGAUGACUGGGUUCAUCUUCCCAACAAAUGUGAAGUCUGCAAGUUUGUUAGUAUUGAGAUGAAGUCAGCUUUCCAAGAGACGGGGAAGACCAAAGCGGUGAUCGACCGGACCUACAACUUCAUAGACGGCAAGGGAGCGCCACCUGUUCAAUAUGUCAAGUCAGAUCUCAGAUUCAUCGAGGUCGUGGAAAACGUGUGUCAGAGGCUGCUGGAGUAUAAUCUGCACAAAGAGAGGGUCGGCAGUAACCGCUUCGCCAAGGGCAUGUCAGAGACCUUCUCCACCCUGCACGGCUUGGUGAACAAAGGAGUGAAGGUGGUGAUGGAUAUUCCCUUUGAGCUCUGGAACGAGACUUCAGCAGAAGUGGCCGACCUUAAAAAACAGUGUGACGUGCUGAUUGAGCAGUAUGAGGAAGUUAUUGAGGAUUGGUACAAAGGAAGCCAGGAGGAAGACCUGACCACUUACCUGUGUGAGAAGCAUGUUCUCAAAGGACAGGACAUGGCCUGCCUGAGCGAGACCUGGUCUCAGAAGAAGGGCGACCAGGCGGCCAUCGCGGAGGACAAGAAGAAGAAGAAAAAGAAGAAGGGAGGGAAAAAAGGGAAGGGCAAGGGGGAGGACGGAGCAGAGGGCAGAGACGGCAGCUCAGGGGGAGAGAAGGCGUCCAAGAAGAAGAAGGAGAAGAAGGUUAAGAAGAAGAAGAAGAGCAAAGCUCCGGUGGAUAAGAUGGACGGAGGGAUGACGUCAGACGAGGACAUCCAGCCUCAGGUGCCUCUCUCUGGGCAGAAGACGGAGCUGUGAAGCCCGGUGGGACUCUGGGCCUGACUUUCCUGUUACACACAGUUUUACAGUCUUUAAUGUGCAGUUUUAAGGAUUUUUACUAACUGUCUUCACUUAAAUGAUCCAGAUUUUUACAGCUUGGGUUUUAUUGCAGUUUGGCAGCUUACAACACGGAUCCAACGCAUUAUGGCCUCAAAACAAAGUUUAGAGGAAAGAAACUUAAACUGCCAGACAUUUAGGAUCACUUAAAGAACAUUUUAUUAUUUAGAUGCCAAAUGAAGUCUAAAUCCUAUUUCUUUAUGUUUAAAAAGUCCUUCAGUUCAGAAUGUCUUUGCAUUUCUGAGCAAUCGCAUUGGGUUCUUUUAAUUCUGAUGGGCAUUUUCACUAUUACUUGAUCAUUUAUUAGCUAAACUUAUAUCAGAUAAUAAAAUAAAAGUUGUUUCUAGGCUUCAUCGCUGCGUCUCUAUACAGAGUAAAGCUUCUGCUGGGCAGUAGUUGGACUGUGUUGCUGACAUGCAGAGUUCAAACUGAAGAUGUAAAAGGGGAUUUAGUUUUCUGUCUUUUCCUCGGCUGAAUGUAGGCGUCAGACUUUAUCCCGGCAUCUCUUCAUAUGUGUGCCAGUCCCACCUGUGCCGCUUUAAAAGCAUCGUAUUUACAGAACGUUUCAUUCCAAAUGAAAACUGAGACUUUUCUAAGAAUCUAUCCUCAGCUGACUGUGUGUGUGUGUGUUGUUUGUGAUAGUUGACCUUUUCAGUCAUGGAUGCUUUACUCAGUGGGAUUGCCUGUGCCGACUAAUACAGCAGCUCUGCCACAAAUUCUGUUUCUCAAGCUUUUUGUUCACAUUUUAAGACUCUUUUGGACUCUGGUAUUUUUAAGAACUUCUUCAUUUUUGGUCCAGCAAGCAUCAGCGGAGCAAAACAUCACUUGGUUGUAUUAACCUGGCCAGGUGUUCCUAUUAAAAAGUUAAGCUGGUAAAUGAUAUGAUGGUAAAGCAGCUUUUUAUCAGUCCCCAGCAGUCAGCUGCAUUUUUCCUUUAUUAUGGAUUUUCUCUGAUUUUUUUUUUUUUUAAAUAAUGGAAUGGAUUUUGUUCAGCAGUUUCAUAGUUAAAUAAAAUGUAAUUCCCCUUUAACGAUAUCAGGUACUUUAAUUUAUUUUUCUGUUCAUGUUUAAUGUCUUUUUGUUCAUUUAUUGUUUUGUGUGUGUGUGUGUGUGUGUGUGCUGUACAAAAGCUGCUAUAUGAGGUGUGAUGUAUUUUUGUGUGCUUGUUGGGUUCUUCGGUGGGAGAUGAAGCCCGGUGUGUACGACUUUUGCAUUUUCUCGAGUAUGUGUGCGAGUGUUUCUACAAGUUUUUUUCCUCAAGUCAAAUGCUGCUUGUGUUGCAUUUGGAGUUGCUGUUUGAAAUCAUGAGUGGAUCAAUAAAGAGGUUUGAAAACA